CUUUUAUGCUUGAACAAUUGAACUACUUUACACUUUACAGAUGAAUUUAUUUAUUCAUCGAUUGGUUGACGAGAUUUGUAUAUGUUUAUAUGAAGAAAUAGUCUUUUCUACGACGGAGAAAAUUAGGACUGUUUUUUAAACUAGCCUCAUCGUCGAUAAUAAACAUUCUCUUUGCAUGAACUGUAAAACUGUUGAGGUUAUCGUCUGCUACCAUAGAGUUUACGAACUUUUUAGAUUCUCUCUCUCUACCACAGAACAUCAAUAUAAUAGCUGUCCCUGUACUAUAAGACCUGUGAAGCAGUCUCUGUCUGCUUCGUGUCCUGUAUGAUAAUGUGCUUUAAUUUAACUUUUUAGUCCAAAAAUAUAGUUUUCGUUUUGACUGUUAAAAUACAUAUGUACAUAAAUCCUUAAUAUAUUAUUUUAAUAUGGGCAUUAAAGAAGCAAAUAUAUAUCUAGAUAACCAACUUAACACUUAUUAUGCUGGUCAAGCUAUUAAUGGGAGAAUAGAAUACGUAUUUGAUAGCCCAAAAAAAGUUCGAGGUAUACACGUAAAAUUCAAGGGCGAGGCACAUACUGAGUGGUAUGAGAGUAAACAACAAGAAAAUGAACAAGGCAAAACUGAAUCUACAGAUACAAUGCAUACAGGGAAUGAAGAAUAUUUUUCAAUUUCAUAUUAUUUACUUGGUAGUAAUACUGGCAAUGAGAUAGAAAUCUCACCUGGCAAGCAAGUGUAUAACUUUACAUGUACACUACCUCCUGUGUUACCUUCGUCAUUUGAAGGUGAAUUUGGAUAUGUCAGAUAUACAGUAAAAGUAACUUUAGACCGGCCUUGGAAAUUUGAUCAAGAAACAAAGAUGGCUUUUACAGUUAUAAAUGCACUUGAUCUAAAUCUCAAUCCAUCUUAUAGAGAACCAAUUCACAUACAAUUGGAAAAGACAUUCUGUUGCCUAUGCUGUGCUUCUCCUCCGUUGUCCCUUGAUGUACAAGCUCCGGUUAAGGGAUAUUGUCCAGGACAAGUGAUACCUAUACAGGUUGAUGUGGAGAACAAAAGUAAUGUUCAGGUGCACCUUGUUAAGAUAUUUUUAAGAAAGGUUGUAACUUACAGAGCCUCAUCCCCAUCUACAGCAACAAAAAAGACAAAAGAUGUUAUAGUAACUAUCCAAGAAGGCCCUGCUCCAGCUGGUACUACAAAGCAUUGGAAUCUACAACUUGAAAUUCCACCUAUACCUCCAUCUAAUUUAGUUAACUGCAACAUAAUUGAUUUAGAUUAUGACUUCAAGGUAGAAUGUGUCGUGUCAGGCAUGCAUAUAAAUAUGAAGGAUAAAAAAUAUGUGACUAUUGGUACUGUGCCACUGGUGGGUGUAGUGGGCCAAAGUGCACCGGCACCCACGCAACCCACCGGACAGUAUUCUCCGAGCCAACCUGCUGUGCUCCCUGUGGGACCGGGCCAGCCUGCUCAACCCACUGCACCAUCAGCACCCAGCGGAGAGCCAACUCCUGGAGGAUGGGUAGUGCCAGGAACAGUGCCAGUACAACCGCCUUAUCAAACACUGUAUCCUACACUCACGGAACCAGUAUAUAAAGAAUCUCAAUAUGUGGCCAGGACUAUUCAGGAUAGAGGAGAUGGCAAUCACACUAGAAUAACGGGGCCAAAUAAUUUUGCACCUUAUUAUCCUACAUAUGCUGCAGUACAACCUCCGCCGCUACCUCAGUAAUAACUUUACAAAUAAUUUUAGAUAUAAAUGUUGUCUAGUGUAUGUAUAAUAUAAUAUAGCACAAAUUUGUAUGCAGCUUGUUUGCCACACCAAUUCCACCUCAGUAUAUUGAUAUUGUGUCAAAAACGGUGCGAAUACUUCUUAUUGUAUUCAAUUUGUAAAGAUUAGUAUUAGUAGUUUAAUGAUUUUCUCUUUUGUAUCGAAUCUCGAACUCGGUAAGUAUACCGUCCAUAUAAUUUUAGAGAUGUAUCGAAUAUAAAAUAUAUUAUUAAAAUGACUGUAACUUACUAUAAAUAUUAUGAGUAGUCACAUGAUAUUCCACUAUCUAACUGUUAAAUAAAAUGUCAUAUAUUUUUUUUAAUGUAACAGAGGUUGUCAAACCAUUUUCCUAGUAGUUAGGUGUUUAUCCGUAUGAAGUUAAGUCGACUUUUAUCCCCGUCAACAAGAAUGGUUACAUUAACAAAGUCACGUACAAAAUAUUGUAAUUUUAAAUUGUAUAAUAACAUUUAAUAUUUAUUUAUAUCCUCGAAUAAGGUGCUUUACAAUUGUUUUCAUAUUUGUGUACAAAUGUCAGUAAUUGUAUAUACUUAGUAGUGAUAAGACAUGUCCAAUUUUUAUAGUAGCCUUGCGUAAUGGUGGGUAAGGCAGUAUGUAGCAUUUUUGCUUUUUUUUUUUAUUGAAGACCAACUUUUACCCUCAGCUUCGCUCGCAUUGAAUAAAAAAUAUUUGUUUUCAUUUAAGUAAAGAGUAUAAAAAAAAGUAUCCUAUGUUCAUUCUAAUACCUCCAAGAACAUGUGUACAAUAAUUCAUGAUGAACGGUUCAGUAGUUUUCGCGUGAAAGCGUAACAAACAUCCCUACUUUCACAUUUGUAAUAUUAUUAAGGAUGUAACUCAAUUGAUAUUAAUUUUUAUGGAUUCAUAUAUAGUUUGUAAUUUAUACUAAUAAAAAUGUAUUGAUUUUAUUUUAAGAAUAAAAGAAAGACAUUAAAAGACUGCUCUUUUAUUGAUUUUCCUUCACAGA